CCCCUCCAAAUCAUUGGAUUCAGGUGUUCCAAUCCCCUCCAAAUCAUUGGAUUCAGGUGUUCCAAUCAUCUCCAUGGCCAAAUAAAAUCAAGCACCUAGGCAUGUAGACUGCUUCUACAAACAUUUGUGAAAGAAUGGGUUGCUCUCAGGAGCUCCAUGAAUUCAAGCGUGGUACUAUGAUAGGUAGCCACCAGUACAACAAGUACAUCUGUGAAAUUUCCUUGCUACUAAAUAUUCCACGAUCAACUGUUACUGGUAUUAUAACAAAGAAGAAGCAACUGGGAAGAACAGUAACUAUGCCA